AUGGCUACGGCCUCCUCCUCCUCCUCCUCCUCCUCCUCCUGUUCCCCUUCCGCUGUGGUCGGCCUUCCGCGCCGUGCUCGCCGCAUGGGACAGGACCUGAGCAGCAGGUGCUUUAGAACGGUGCGCGUGCCACGGCUUCUGCUCCGCCCGGGACCCCGCCGAGGGCGGCGCGGAACCGCGUUCGUGUUGCGGGCCGCCCCCCCAGGAGGAGCCUGCCUUCCGGGGCCGCGGCGCCGCCUCCCUGGACGCUGGCGGCUACGCUGGCGGCGGCUACGCUGGCGGCGGCUACGCCGGCGGCGCCUCCGAGGCCUCCCGGGCCAAGUGCGCGGACGAGGACGGCUUUGUGCCGGCGCCUCCGCCGGAAGCGGAGGACCCGCGCGCGUGCUUGCUGCCAGCCGUUGGGCGGCGGAGGCGGCCGGAGCACCACCGGCGGGGGCCGCCCCCGCGGCGCCAGCCGAGCCCCCCAGGGGCCAGCCGGGGGCGCUGCGGGCCAUCCUGGCCGACGUCGGCGCCGCGGAGUCCGAGGUGUGGCGCGCCGCCUUCGAGCGGGCGGCGGGCGGCAGGGCGGCGGUGCCGAUGGAUUGCGCAGGCGUGCGCGAUCUGGUGACCGCGCACAGCGGCAUCUCCGAGCAGGACCUGGACACCGAGCUGAUCAGGGUUGCCUCGCGGAGGGAGGAUCUCCACAUCGACGCCCACGGCUUCGCGGCGCUUUUGCGGGGGAGCUCGAUGAGCGAUGGGGAGGCACUCGAAAGGUUCAUCGAACUUUCCGCCAACGGCGACACCGUCACCGCGGAGCAGUGCCGGGACGACCUCCUGGCAAUGACACGUUCCAAGCUGGGGGCUCAGGCAGAGGCGGCCGAUUGCGAGCAGAUCGUCGCAGCCGCCAUGCCGAAGAGCGGCGCGGUGGUGUCCAUGGAGGAGUUUGUGAACUGCGCCAAGCUGGUCGCAAGGAUUUUGCGCGUGGCGCGGUACACGGGGGCGCUGUAA